AUGGCUGACUAUGUAACCACCAUCGAUGCCAUGUCCGCGACGCUGGGCUAUGGCGACAUCAACGAAUAUCACGCCGACCCGGAAGCCAUACAGGGUUUGAAGCUGUUGGUUUGGAUCUUGAAAAACGACAAAGCAGACCACGAGUACCGGCGUUACAUCGGAGAAAAGCAGCUCGUGCAAACGGACCUGAUUCCGUCGCUAGUGCACGGGUUCCAGAAACCGGAAAUUGCCGAUGUGUUGCUGCGUCUGCUCGUAAACUUGACCUUCCCGACGGAGCUGCUUUACAAGGGAAGCUACCCAAAAGACGCAUCGGAGCAGAAAAAAGUGUUACAACUGAUGGAAAUAGCGGAACAGUACAAGGAAGCGUUUGCCGUAAAGGCUGUGUGGUCGAUGCUGGGAGAAAAAAUGCAACAAAUCUUACGCAUCGACUUUUCGGAGCGCAGCGAAGCGCAAUCGGUCACCGUAGAACGUAUCCUAAUCCUUACACGAAACGUGCUGCAAGUACCGGCUAACGUAGAAAGAGAACAGCAGCUAGAUGACGAUGCCAGUCUGCACGAUCGUUUGCUGUGGUCUCUGCACCAAACCUGCACCAUCGACACGGUCCUGUACGUCCUGGGAUCACCUCUAGAGCAACAAUAUUUCAUGCAUUCGCUGGAGAUCAUGAGCCUUGUCUAUCGCGAACAGCAGCCAGCGGCUCUGGCCGAUGCCACACUACAGCGCAGGACGGCCGAAAAGAAGGAAGACGAAAUGAAGCUCAUCCAAGCGCUGCACCCGGCGACGAAAACGACUAAGCAACUGCCAGCGGCACGCCAUUCCCGCUUCCGGGGGACGUACACGUUUGGCAACCUCAAAUCGGUAUCGGACAAUGACUACAUAUCGCACCAAUCGUUGAACAAAAUCAUGAAUGCGGACCUGGGCAUAGACAAGCAACGAAUUAAGAAGUCGUUCCGUCAAAUGAAGCAGCCGGACGAGGUUGAGAGGAAAAGUAUUUUGUCCGUUAGGAUGUGUUUGCGGGAGUAUUGCGUGGAAGUUCUAUGUCUGUUCAAUAACAUUGUGAAGCAAGCGAGGCGCUACUUGAGCCAGUUCGAAAAUACCGGAUCGGAAUUCCACGACGAUACGUACCUGCUGUGGGCGGUACGAUUUUUCAUGGAAUUCAACCGCCAUAACGGACUAAACAUCGAACUAGUGAGCGAGGCGCUGAGCAUGACCACGUUUCAUUGGAUCAUCACGAGAAUCGAGGGCUACAGGGAUCUGAUCGUUACCGACAAAACUCGCAAACGCGUAUGGUCCAAGCGCUUGCACAAUGCAAUACAGACCUACGAUGAGAUGAUAAGCAAUUUGCGUGCACUCAGCGGGCGGUCCGAUCCGGAUGCAAAGGAACUCCUCGCCGUGCUGCAGCAUAACAUUUUCUAUGCCGUUGAGUAUCGGGAAACUGUCAUUCAAUUGCUUUGUAAUUUCAACGAAACGUAUCAAACAAGGAGUUUUUUACGGGUGGUCAUAGAGGUGGCCAAUCGCUUCUUUUCUUUGCUCGAAAAGUUUUGUAACGGAACCAUCCGCGUGCAGGAACGUGCCAAAGCCAAGCGACAGCCAAAUCGCCGCACCGCUGCCACCGCAUCGGAUGCACCGCACAAGACACAGGAAGACCUCGAGGACGAAUGGUUAACGAUGUCACCGAAAGUAGCGGCAAUUCUGCCACACAUUCAAGACUCGCCGGAAUCACUACCAACGCCAUUCGAUGCGGCGUCCUCCGUUCCCAUCGAUGAACAGAGGGGAAGCUGCAUGAUACGUAUUCACGGGCUGCUCCGGGACGAGAAGUAUGAGGACGCGGUGAAGCUAAUGUACGCGGCACGUUCCGUCUGGACCACUGGGGAACACUGCUUUGGGUCGUCGCAAUCGACCCCGGAUGAGAACCUAAUGCUUUUGAAGGAAAUUUUUAUGGCCAAUAUAGCGGACGGUAUGGGAUUGCCAUUCGACACGAUGGCUGACUAUGUAACCACCAUCGAUGCCAUGUCCGCGACGCUGGGCUAUGGCGACAUCAACGAAUAUCACGCCGACCCGGAAGCCAUACAGGGUUUGAAGCUGUUGGUUUGGAUCUUGAAAAACGACAAAGCAGACCACGAGUACCGGCGUUACAUCGGAGAAAAGCAGCUCGUGCAAACGGACCUGAUUCCGUCGCUAGUGCACGGGUUCCAGAAACCGGAAAUUGCCGAUGUGUUGCUGCGUCUGCUCGUAAACUUGACCUUCCCGACGGAGCUGCUUUACAAGGGAAGCUACCCAAAAGACGCAUCGGAGCAGAAAAAAGUGUUACAACUGAUGGAAAUAGCGGAACAGUACAAGGAAGCGUUUGCCGUAAAGGCUGUGUGGUCGAUGCUGGGAGAAAAAAUGCAACAAAUCUUACGCAUCGACUUUUCGGAGCGCAGCGAAGCGCAAUCGGUCACCGUAGAACGUAUCCUAAUCCUUACACGAAACGUGCUGCAAGUACCGGCUAACGUAGAAAGAGAACAGCAGCUAGAUGACGAUGCCAGUCUGCACGAUCGUUUGCUGUGGUCUCUGCACCAAACCUGCACCAUCGACACGGUCCUGUACGUCCUGGGAUCACCUCUAGAGCAACAAUAUUUCAUGCAUUCGCUGGAGAUCAUGAGCCUUGUCUAUCGCGAACAGCAGCCAGCGGCUCUGGCCGAUGCCACACUACAGCGCAGGACGGCCGAAAAGAAGGAAGACGAAAUGAAGCUCAUCCAAGCGCUGCACCCGGCGACGAAAACGACUAAGCAACUGCCAGCGGCACGCCAUUCCCGCUUCCGGGGGACGUACACGUUUGGCAACCUCAAAUCGGUAUCGGACAAUGACUACAUAUCGCACCAAUCGUUGAACAAAAUCAUGAAUGCGGACCUGGGCAUAGACAAGCAACGAAUUAAGAAGUCGUUCCGUCAAAUGAAGCAGCCGGACGAGGUUGAGAGGAAAAGUAUUUUGUCCGUUAGGAUGUGUUUGCGGGAGUAUUGCGUGGAAGUUCUAUGUCUGUUCAAUAACAUUGUGAAGCAAGCGAGGCGCUACUUGAGCCAGUUCGAAAAUACCGGAUCGGAAUUCCACGACGAUACGUACCUGCUGUGGGCGGUACGAUUUUUCAUGGAAUUCAACCGCCAUAACGGACUAAACAUCGAACUAGUGAGCGAGGCGCUGAGCAUGACCACGUUUCAUUGGAUCAUCACGAGAAUCGAGGGCUACAGCGAUCUGAUCGUUACCGACAAAACUCGCAAACGCGUAUGGUCCAAGCGCUUGCACAAUGCAAUACAGACCUACGAUGAGAUGAUAAGCAAUUUGCGUGCACUCAGCGGGCGGUCCGAUCCGGAUGCAAAGGAACUCCUCGCCGUGCUGCAGCAUAACAUUUUCUAUGCCGUUGAGUAUCGGGAAACUGUCAUUCAAUUGCUUUGUAAUUUCAACGAAACGUAUCAAACAAGGAGUUUUUUACGGGUGGUCAUAGAGGUGGCCAAUCGCUUCUUUUCUUUGCUCGAAAAGUUUUGUAACGGAACCAUCCGCGUGCAGGAACGUGCCAAAGCCAAGCGACAGCCAAAUCGCCGCACCGCUGCCACCGCAUCGGAUGCACCGCACAAGACACAGGAAGACCUCGAGGACGAAUGGUUAACGAUGGCACCGAAAGUAGCGGCAAUUCUGCCACACAUUCAAGACUCGCCGGAAUCACUACCAACGCCAUUCGAUGCGGCGUCCUCCGUUCCCAUCGAUGAACAGAGGGGAAGCUGCAUGAUACGUAUUCACGGGCUGCUCCGGGACGAGAAGUAUGAGGACGCGGUGAAGCUAAUGUACGCGGCACGUUCCGUCUGGACCACUGGGGAACACUGCUUUGGGUCGUCGCAAUCGACCCCGGAUGAGAACCUAAUGCUUUUGAAGGAAAUUUUUAUGGCCAAUAUAGCGGACGGUUCUGAACAACAAAAUAAUCCGCUCUCGGAAAAGGAGGAUACUAGUGAGAACGAAGAGGAUGAGGAGGAAUUCAAUGCUACAUCGCGGUAUGUUGAGAAGGACUUUAAAUUUGAUGAUUUCUCUAGAAGACUAGUGAAUCCGAAGAUUGUGCGAAGCUGUGUGAUAGUGCUGUCGGAUUGGGAGACCAUCAAAACGAGCACACUGAAGGCGGCCGUCCACUUACUGCAUCGAAUUGCCGUUGAGCAUAAAAAUCCGUCGAUGUUAUUUCAAGCUUCCUUGUUCCGCAUUUUCCAACGAGUGAUGGGCACGACUACUACCAGCCAUUCCAUUCACUUAAAGCAGCUAGGCGAGUACGUUAUUCGUCAGUUGCAGAAAAUGGCAUCCAGUGGCAACGAGAUAGUGUUUGCUGAAACUUUUUAUAAAUCAGUUAAAAUUUGUACUGCCAUUGAGAUGGGCUACGAUGAAGUAUUUAACCAGCAGUCUGGAGCCACGGGAAAUGGCGAAAGAAAAUGGACGGAAGAGCAAGAGGACGAAUUGCGACGGCUUUUCAUGGAAAACCAAGAAAACCCACAAACGGACCAAGAUGUUAUUGAUUGGUUGCUGGACAACAUCAUCAACAAAUCACGGACACGGCGAGCAGUUAUCAAAAAGCUUAAGGAGCUGGGACUUAUAUUCAAGGCGCCCACCAAACGAAGCAACAUCAAUCAACAGAAACAGGCCAAGUUGUGGAGCGUUGAGCAAAUAGAAAACCUGAAGCUACUGUACGAGGAGCAUCGUCUGGAGGAGAACGUGUUGCGGAUAAUUGCCGAUGCGUUCGAAAAAACAUUCACCAGACAGGCUAUCGUCAAGCAAAUGAUUGCGCUUGGUUUGAUAGCGGACGAAACAGAAGUUAGGCCUGCUAAAAAAGUUUCAUCUCAUAACCCAACUCACCACGGCCACGAUAGCAGCGAUGGUGGCACCAGUGACGAAUGCGAUUACGAGUUACCACCGGUCAGUACACGGUUGAAUGUAUCGCUUGUUCAGAAAAAAAUGGCAACCAUGGGAAACUCCAUGAAGCAAAGCAUCGAAUGGGUCAUCGAGUGCUUAUCCGACGCCUUAAAGGACUACCAGCAACCGGACGAGGAUGAAAUCAACGACGGCGUACCGAUGAUACCGAUCGAAAGCUACCAAUCGAAUGCACUUCGGGAUGGAAACUUUAAGCACUUUCUUCGAUCUCUUGGUUUACUGAGCGUGAGCAAAGAGGUAGACGCAUUACUUUCAUCGCGCAUUGUAAAGUUUCAAAACUAA